ACGCGGAGGGUAGCGAAGUCAUGGGCAAGCUUCAGGAAUUCGAUAUUACUUUUACCAACAACAAAGUGGUCUACAGCCCUGGCGAAUCCAUAAGUGGAACUGUGAAAAUUACAAGUGGUAGCUCACUGCAAUAUAAGGCCAUUAAGGUGAACUGCCUGGGAUCAUGUGGGGUCUCCAACAAAAUGAACGACACGUCGUGGACACUGGAAGAGCAAUACUUCAGCAGCACACUGUCUGUAGCUGACAAAGGUACCCUGGCAGCUGGCGAGCACAGUUUCCCUUUCCAAUUUGUCAUCCCAGUGGCUGCCCCAACCUCCUUUGAAGGGCCCUUUGGGAAAAUUGUUUACCGUGUGAGAGUCGUCAUAGACACACCGCGCUUCUCCAAGGACUACAAGUCCCAGAAGCCCUUCUACCUACUCAACCUGCUCAACCUCAAUCAAGUGCCCGACAUUGAGCAACCCAGUUAUGCUGUGAUCACUAAGAGAUUCAGCUAUCUCCUGGUGAAGACGGGCACCCUCAUGCUGAAGGCUUGCAGUGACCUGAGGGGAUACACACCAGGCCAGAUCAUCAGACUAGCCACUGAGAUCCACAACAAGUCAGGCAAGGACACGGGCUGCGUGCUGGCCAGUCUCAUACAGAAAGUGACUUAUAAGACCAAACGAGCUUUGUAUGACCUGCGGACCAUAGCAGAGGUAGAGGGGGCGGGAGUGAAGGCGGGGAAACACGCUGAGUGGCGAGAGCAGAUCAUCGUACCGCCCCUCCCCCAGUCUGCCCUGGCCGGCUGCAGCCUCAUAGAGAUUGACUACUUCAUCCAGGUAUCACUAAAAUCCCCUGAGACGGUUGUCACUUUACCCAUCUACAUCGGGAACAUCGCUGUCAACUUGACCCCGUCACGAGCUAGGCCUUCAACCCCAGCCCCAACACCCAUCAGCCCUAACACCGGCCUGGAAGGGGUUACCCCCAGCGCACCCCCAGCUGAGGAGGACCUGGAGGAGGAGUUGGGUGCAGGGGGUUCAGUCAGCGAGGAGAUCCCCACUAAGAGCCACUCCCAGCAGGACCAAUCUGGCCAGCCCCCCACCAUGUCCCCCAGUGCAUUUAGCUACGCUCCCGGUGCAGCUUUCCCACCCAGCCAGCGACGUGCCGACGACACCUCUGCGCCUCUGUUCUGUGUGUCCACUGGGUCCACCAUCCCUUUCUUCACAGAGGGAAACGUCACCCCAGUACCCACGUCCUGUCCUCUCAUACUCCCCCCUGAGUACAGCACCUGGGACUACCCACAUGAACCCCCUCCCACCUAUGAGGAGAGCUGCAGCAGCAACAACUCCAGCUUCAACAACAGCAGGCCGUAG